UUCUUCUCCCUCGAGGUGACGAAACUCCCGCUCAAAUUCUCCAUUCGAACUCUCUCUCUCUCUCUCUGUGGCCAUUGCCGAGUCUGCAACCAGAGGCGCCAUGAUGAGCUCAAGACCAGGUGGGAGCAACGUCGACCUGUGGUCGGAGAUCGCUGCUUCGGAGGAGGGCCGAGACGGAGAACAUCGGGACCAGCCAAAACUCGAAGUAAUCUAUCAGAGGAGGAAGCCUCAGAGAGCCAAUAAGGAAAAUGUAGCCUUACAAGAGCAGCGCGGCAACGGGGUUCGGGUGAGCCUAGCUGCUGCUAACACCAAGCGGGUCAGUUGGAAUCGUUCACUUUCCACCAGAGGGAGGACAAGUAUUGCUGCUGUUGCCUUCGUAGAUCGUCAACCCGAGCAUAAGAAGGGGAGAAGGAAAGCAAAGCCACCCAUUCCUAAAGCAAAAAAUGUUCGGCCUCCGAGCUUUGAGAGGGAGCGAGCCUACUUUCAGGAGGUUGAUGCCUUUGAGUUGUUAGAGGAGAGCCCUUCCCCGAAGAAGUCUAGCACCUGGGUUGUUGGCAACCAAACUGAUUUAGCUGCACUGCCUCCCCUGUCGACGAGGCUGGAGAGAUGGCUGAUGUCUAAGAGACUAAACUUCACCGGUGAACCUUCAAGCACCCUUUCAAAGAUACUAGAAAGUCCAGCCAUAGAGACGAAUUUGGAGACCCCCCGACUAGCUUCACAACAUAUAUGUUCAGGAGCACAUUCGAUUUUGAAAAGCAUUGAUCCGAGCUCAAUGAACAAAAGUUAUGUCCAAAUAUAUACUAAUAUGGAGAAGGGCAGGCUAGACUUGAAGGAUACCGGUGAUGAUAGUCAUAAAGAUCUUGAUGCCGCUAUCAAGAAACUCUCUCUAGCCUCCGCUUCAGAUUCUGACUUCUUAGAUCCAUUCACUCAAUUGUUAGCAGUUUGUGGACAGUCAGCUCCAACAGGGUUCUUGGACGUAUUCUCCAAGUACUGCAACCCGGAAUCCAUUGUCAAACUUGGAGAAGGGACAUUUGGGGAAGCUUUUAAAGCUGGCAAUUUUGUCUGCAAAAUAGUCCCUAUUGAUGGAGAGCUUCUGGUGAAUGGUGAGGUGCAAAAGAGAUCUGAAGAGUUGCUUGAGGAGGUGAUACUUUCCCGCACUCUUAACCAAUUAAGAGUUUGCAGGGGCGAUGCUUAUAAUCGGUGCACUACAUUCAUAGAAACAAUAGAUUUGAGGGUAUGCCAAGGUUCCUAUGAUCCUGCAUUGAUUAAAGCCUGGGAAGACUGGGAUGAAAAGAAUGGUUCAGAGAAUGAUCAUCCUAUGCAAUUCCCGGAGAAACAGAGCUAUGUUGUGUUCAUUCUGGAACAUGGUGGUAAGGAUCUUGAGAGCUUUGUGUUGUUGAACUUUGAUGAAGCACGGAGCUUACUUAUUCAGGUUACAGCUGCCUUGGCAGUUGCUGAAGCUGCUUAUGAAUUUGAACACCGCGAUCUUCACUGGGGAAAUGUACUGUUAAGUCGGAAUGAUUCCGCCGAAAUGAGCUUUACUCUCAAGGGGAAACACAUGACAAUCAAAACCUUUGGUUUGUACAUAUCAAUUAUAGACUUCACACUCUCAAGAAUUAAUACUGGCAAAGAUAUCCUCUUCCUGGAUCUGUCUUUAGAUCCUGAUCUCUUCAAAGGUCCUAAAGGAGAUAGGCAGUCUGAGACAUAUCGGAAGAUGAAAGAGGCCACCGGCGAUUGCUGGGAAGGAAGCUUCCCCAGAACAAAUGUGCUGUGGCUGCUCUACUUAGUGGAUAUAUUGCUCCUGAAGAAAUCGUUUGUGCGGUCGUCAAGAGACGAGAGAGAGUUACGGUCGCUGAAGAAACGUCUCGAUGAGUAUUCUUCAGCAAAGGAAGCUCUUUCGGAUGCAUUCUUCACUGAGUUGCUUGUCGAGUCGGAAGUGGGGAUUGAAAAGUGAGAAAAUUGGCGCCACUUAGCCUAAAGGAGGAGAUGCUUUUUGUUAAACUUCGACCAUAUAAAGAUACGUGCAAAAAGCAAUAUUUUUGUUUAA